AAAAUCUUUUCGAAAAAGCUACUAUUUUUUAUGUAAUUAGAAUUGAGCAUAAGCGCCAAUUAUUAAUUGCUGGCAGCCACAUGAAGUUUUUAAUGGAGAGCUGACAUUAGUCCAUUACAUUCGUAUUAUCAUAGCAAAUCUGAUGCUUGAUUAUAGAGCUGUUUUUUUUAGUUUUUUUUUAAAUAUUUUCAUCAAACUUUCUGACGAAUUUUAUUUCAUUUUCAUUUUAAAGAGGAAAAUACUUUUUGAUCUGCACCUAAUAACUCAAGGCACGAAAUGUACACAAACGCCGAGUUUUUUUCUCGAUUUCUUUUAUGUGUUAGGAUUGGCUAUGAUAUUGGGUCUUCCAGCUAGUCUUUGAUAACAAACUUUAACUCAUGUUUUUUCUUAACCUUCAUUUUAGUAAACUAUUUCCUGUUUAGACUAAAUACACUCUGCUCCGAUGUCACAAAAAACAUUGCUGUUGUUUUUUGCAUUGGCGCUAUGUACAGAUGCGUCCGUUAUCUCAUAUGAAUGUCGUCAUGGUAACUAUCAAACAUUAGGCGAGCAAAGCCGACUUUUCACGUCUGAUGACAUUAUGUCGACGAUAAACGAUGCUAAUUUGGAAGCGGGCUGGUACCGUUUUGAAGGAGCUGGGGUGCAAAUGAAAGAAGGUUUCGAAGAUGUUACUUCAAAUAAAACAGAACUUUACCCAUGCGGUGGAGAACUGGUAUUUUCACUCGUAAAUCCUCAUCCAAAAGUAAAUGACGGAAUCGUUCGAAAUGUUGUGCAAGGCUGCAUGUUCAAAAGCGUUUGUAUGGAAACAUGUAAAUGGACACCGAUAUGUGAUUCGAAACUUGAGGCAGACAUAAUGGUCAGAAAUUGCGGUGAUUUUCACGUUUACUUUCUGAGUGGAGCAAAACUCCUGGGAACAGAUCAACCAAAGAUGCCAAACAGUCCAACUCGUGGCGUUUAUUGCAGUGACAAUAUGCGCACUAACACUGAAGUAUCGCCAAGACUAGAAUGUCGAACCUACGUCAAUCUUACAGACUCCACUAGGUUAUGGGAAGCAAAUGACGUUAAACCAGACUAUGCGCGUUUUCCUCAGGAUCCCCUUUUUACAAAUCAAUGGACAAGAAUGCUAACCAAUGACUAUCAAGACAUGUCACUUGUUGAAGGGUGUCCAUCAGUGGUGACAGAUCAUGCUAAAUACAAGGGCACCCCUCCAUGUGGUGCUCUCUAUAGAGGUUGGCUUUCUCAAAGACAUCCGAAAUACUCUGGUGGUAAGUCAGUUGUAUCAAGCUAAAUACAAUACAAAUAGCAAUCAAUUACAUUGCAAAUGAAAAAGUGUUUUUGUGAAAGUUCUUUUCUUGUCCUUCGAAGUAUGACGCACGUUUAUUCAGCACAAAAUAAUUAGCAGCAAUGCGUAUGGAUACUUGGAUACGAACAAAAGAAAAGCAAACUA